AUGUCACUCAACCAACUUCAUCAAACCAGCUUCAUCAAACCAACUCCACUCGAACCAACUCCACUCGAAUCAACUCCACCCGAACCAGCUUCAUCAAACCAGCUUCAUCAAACCAGCUUCAUCAAACCAGCUUCAUCAAACCAGCUUCAUCAAACCAGCUUCAUCAAACCAACUCCACUCGAACCAACUCCACUCGAACCAACUCCACCCGAACCAGCUUCAUCAAACCAGCUUCAUCAAACCAGCUUCAUCAAACCAGCUUCAUCAAACCAGCUUCAUCAAACCAGCUUCAUCAAACCAGCUUCAUCAAACCAGCUUCAUCAAACCAGCUUCAUCAAACCAGCUCCACUCAACGAACGCGUGUCACUUAACUAA